GUGUCUUCUGCGCGGACUGCAGUCACCCGCGGCGAAGGAGGCACGAUGCCAGUUCAGUGUCAGGAGAGUGCAGUACUGGCAGGUAGUGUCACUUUGAUCACCAUAGGGGCAAUGACUCUGUGCUUCGCGGAGCCCUCGCCCUACGGGAAGUACAGCAAGAGGUCUGCGCCCGAGGCUAAGCGCCUGCCCGCCCGCGCCGCCUGGUUCCUGCAGGAGCUGCCUUCCUUCGCGGUACCAGUAGGGAUCCUUGUCCAGGAGCCUGGCUUUGUCUUCGGACCUCCCCAAACUGUGCUUCUGGGGCUCUUCUGCGGACAUUACUUCUACAGGACUUUUAUUUACUCACUUCUCACUAGAGGAACGCCCUAUCCAGCCUCCUUCCUUCUCCGAGGAAUAGUCUUCUGCAUUGGCAAUGGACUCCUUCAAAGCUACUAUCUCAUUUACUGUGCAGAGUACCUGCAAGAGUGGUACACAGAUGUUCGGUUUAGCUUGGGUAUCUUCCUAUUUAUUUUGGGAAUGGGAAUCAACAUUCAUAGCGACUAUGCCCUGCGCCAGCUCAGAAAGCCUGGAGAAGUCAUCUACAAGAUCCCACAAGGUGGCUUGUUCACAUACGUUUCUGGAGCGAAUUUCCUCGGCGAGAUCACUGAAUGGAUUGGUUAUGCCUUGGCCACUUGGUCUAUUCCAGGGUUUGCUUUUGCAUUUUUCACGCUUUGUUUCCUCGGGAGCCGAGCUGUUCACCACCACAGGUUCUACCUCAAGAUGUUCGAGGACUACCCUAAAUCUCGGAAAGCCCUUGUUCCGUUUAUCUUUUAAGGAAACAACUUCAAGAGAAGCAAGACUUCCAUAAUACCAGUAAAAACCGUCAAGCUGCUAAAACUGUGAUGUGUAAAGUCCUACUAUAUGCAUAUAUUAAAUAUAUACCUACAUGUA